UGAUACAAAUUGCAUUAAUGUAAAUAGUCUGAAAACACGUAUUAGAAAGAAGAACACGUGCACAGCGAAGUGGCAUUGUGGGUAUUGUCCCUAUGAGGGAUCAACUGAACUGGCCAUAAAGCAGCACUGUCGCAUAAGACAUCAUACUAUGCCAGUACUAGUAAAACAUAAUGAAGAAGUUGCACCACUGAAACUCGAAAAUGUAAUGCACCAUACAAUGCCAGAAUUGGUGAAAUAUAAUGAAGAAGCUGCAUCAUUGAAACUGGACGAUGAAUUCUCGGAGACAAAUUAUGAGCUUGGUACCAAAUCUGUGACUACUGCUUCUUCUGCUUCUUCAUCAGCCCAGCAUGCAGGAUCUCUUCCAGAGGAGGGUCAUAGUCAAACAGAACUCCAAGAAUUGCUGACUUCAGAGGGUGCAUGCUGCAAAAAAUGGAAAGAUUCUCGAUCCUCUCAGACAAAAACUUCAACUGUGAAACAUCAUAGUACAAGCAAUAAAUUGUGUGUUGCUGGUAAAUAUGUGUGUAUGUUGUGUUGCGCAAGGACUGAUUCAGAGGAGCAAUUUCAUGAAAAUCAUCAUAGUGUACACCACCCAAAUGCAGAACCAAAAUACUGUUUUCAGACAGUCAGUUAUAAAGCUAAGCCCACAAAAUUUAAAUGUAAAAAAUGUUCUUUCUUUUCUGAUAAUUUUGAAAUUCUGAAAGAGCACCUUCAGCACCAUAUAAAAGCCUUUCAGAUGUGGUUAUGCGCACAGCAAUGUGAUUUAGAGAGUAGUGUUGUUAGACGUUGUCAGUUUUCUCAUGAAGAUUGCGAUGUUGGGGAAUUGGAGAUAGAACAUUUGAAUAAAUUAGUUAUGCAAAGCAAUAUGGAUGAUACGAAAAGUUUGUGCCCUGAAGUUCCAGGGCCGGAAAAGAAGGAUAUGAAGAGUAUUCCACAUAGAAUUCAAAAUGUUGCUCAUAAAUUGACAGGCUUAUCUUCAGUUUCUGAUAGACCAAUAAUAAAACCAUUAUCAGCCAACAAGCCUGUACAGAAUUGCACAGAAUCUUCUGAAAAUGAUGACCCUAGUAAUGAAAGCUCACACUCAUAUUAUGGACGGUCACCAUCACCCAUUGAUGAAAACAAGUUGCUGGUAUCUGUAAAUUGUGGUGGUUCAGGUAUAAGAAUGAGUCUGAGCACAUUUAAGAAGCUUUGCCAUAUUCAUCCAAAAGUAAAAGUACGAGAUUUGAAGCAUGAGAAAUUUAUGCCUGCUUGACAAUAUGUAAAGACUGUACAGUGUUGCACCUAGCACUAGCAGUUCCUCCAUUUCUGCUGUGGGCCAUGUCUGUUGUUAAUAAAUAACAUGUUCAGCAGAACACUUAUUUCAAAUGAGAGUCAGCUUUAGUACGAUUUUUCAGCAUUUACAACUGUACAGUGAACUGCAAAAUACGAAAAUAGAAGAACAUUUAGCAAAACUGUAGUUCACAAUACUGUAGCAUUGUAACUGUGUUCUG